AUGGAAUCACCAGCUGUAGAAAUCGAAUCAAUCAUUCCAAAACCAGAAUCAUACGGUGCAUUGCCAAUCACAGACGAACUUGUUGCUAAAUUCACCGAAUUAACAAAAACACAACCAAUUGCUGCAUUAAAGCGCCACAUCUUCAAUGGUCACAUCGGAUUUGACGCUGCCAUUGAGCAUGCCACAUCAGGAAAGCCACUUUACAUCUAUCUUCCAAUCUCUCCAUCCGAUCGCUUGACAACACUUCGUCAUGCAUUGUUCCUUAACUUUGCCAAAUUCCUUCAAACAGCAUUAAACUGCUAUCUUUUCAUCCACGUUAACGAUUACAAGGCCUACACACGUGAAACUGACAACAUUAAGUACGAUGCAGCAAAGAAGUGGACAGAAGAGACAAUCAGGGACAUCCUUGCCUUCGAAUUCAACAAGGAGAAGACAAUUGUCCUUACAAAUACAUCUGCUGUCGCCUUAAAUUACGUCAUGCUUUGUGAUCUCCAGAGAAAGUGCCCACUUGGCGAAUUUUUCCACAAUUUCUUCACAGACGACAACGUCAAUGUCGGUACAAUAGAUGCCGUCUUCCAAGAAGCUACCUGCGCCAUUCCAGCAUAUGUCGAGAAGAUUUUCCCAGGAAAGAAGGACCUUAAGUGCUUAAUGUUACUCCGUGCCUCACAAGAGAAGCUUUUCCACUUCGCAUGCUCACUCUGCGACAAGAUUUCCGCUGAAAAACCAUACGCAAUCUUCGGAGGCUUCGUUCCAGCUCCACAGUCGGGCCAAAAGAUGCCAAAGCUUGCCAAGUUCGCUCUCGGCGCUUCACCAAACGACCAAAACCAAAAGGGCGGCAAACAAAAGAACUCAAUUCGCGAUUACAUGUCAAUUUACAUCAAGAAUACACCAAAAGAGAUUGCAACCAAGAUCAACAAGUUUGCCUUCUCCGGCGGUAAGGAUACAAUCCAAGAGCAUAAAGAAAAAGGAGCAAAUCUUGCAGUUGAUAUCCCAACUUACUACUUAAAGAUCUUCUUAGAGGACGACGCUGAAUACGAACGCAUUGUUAAGCAUUACGGACCAGGAGUUCUCCCAGAAGGAGAAGAAAGAAUGCUUUCAGGCGAAUUAAAGAAGAAAUGCGGUGAAGUACUUGCAAACUUUAUCAAACACAUCCAGGAGAAGAGAACAGCUGUUACAAAGGAAGAUAUCGAGAAAUGCUACAAAUUAUAUUCUUUAUAA